AUGUGGCAGAGCACAGUCCCUCUCUCCUUGCUUAUUGCAGCAGACCUGCAGAAGCCGGGGCUCACGUGCUUUUACGACAACACUCUGCUGGUGGCCUGGGCAAACAUUGCAUUCUUCUGCUGCCUCCCAUCACAUGUAUUGUCCAUCUGCUGCAUCGUUCACCCCGCCAUCCAGGAACCCUCUGUUGUGUACAGCCUUGUCACUGCUCUCCCUCUCCUCAGUUGCCUCUGCCCUCAGGCUGAAGAACCACCUUUGCUGCAGUACCCUGGAAAAAUAGGGGUCAAUGAUGAGUGGCUGGUGGCCAUUUUCUACACAGCCCUGAGCUGCAGCAAGGGGUAGAUCCUGCCCCACCAGAAGGCGCUGAAGUUACUCAGUGACUGCUGUUUUCCUGAAUGCUGCCCCAUCUGUGCAGAGCAGAAAAAAUCCUGCCCGUAGUUCGGGUUCAAGAGUUUUGUCAGCAGAUUUGCCUCUUCUGUGACUUAAGAGGAAACCUUCCCUUGGUUUGACCUGACAGCUGCACAAUUGAGGGAGUCUCCCUUUAGCCAGCUGAUAGAAAAGAGUGAGUUGGUCCAGUGCCAUCUUGCUCUACUGCACCUGGCAUCCUUUGGAGACUGGCCUACAAAGCAACGUAGGCUGAUCAGCACUAAGACAACUUUAACUGCAGCUGUAGUGGAGCCUGGUGGGAUGUUGGUUGACAAGUCUCCAUUCUCCACAGCUGCUUCUGUCAUUUUCUUAGCAAUUCUAGAGGAAACUCCUGAUUAUGAUUCUAAAUCCUCAUAAACUGUAACAAAGCCCAUGACAGAAUGCUUUGCUGAGGUCUUAUCCCAGCACCCUCAUGGGGCUGAGGGGUGCAAGAACCUGCAUAGUUCGGUCCCACAUUCUUUAAAAUAUUCUAGCCAAUAACCAUGCGUACGCAUUUCCUUUUACAAGUUUCACUCUCUAGACUGCUCAGCAAACUUGCUUCUCCCUAACUGCCUGAGUCUUGCUUUAUUUUGGCCUGAAUUUGGUUAUUACACAGACAUCUUGACCUACAAACUGCUUCGGUUUCACUUAGUUUCUGUUGCAGUUUCAAUAGAAAAAUCAAUUACAAAACCAAAUUACAGUUAUUUUGUAGUGGCUACAGCUUUGGUGUAAAUAACUAAAUAGGAUUGGGCCCAGUCUUUUUUAAAAAAGGGGUUUUUUCCAUGGGUGUCUCAUGGAAACUGUUGGUGCCAGACAAAACAGUGAUGAUUUAGUCAGGAGCGCUUGUUCAGUUGAGCCAGGCUUUAAUCAGUACUCAUUCAUAUUUUCUUGCUGGUGAUAAUGCACCUUCCCCAUCACCACCACAGACUAUGUCAUGCUUCUUUCAAGGAAAAAGGAGGUAACUGGAUAUUCUGUCCAAAUCCACACAGGACAAAGCAUUUUUUUAUUCCCUAAAUUCUCUAGUCUUCUUACAUACUUCCUGCCAUGAUCUACAUGUGUUUCAGUACUGUUUACUAUGAUAAACCGCUGUCUGGUUUUGCUUCACAGUAAAUAAUGUCUGUGGCAAGGCCAAGGAUUAGUUAUGCAUGUUGUAACUGGGCCUCUCACUUAAUUACUGCUGCCAACAGCAGCCGGCAGCACAUUUGUAUGGCAGUUAUUGGAUAUGCCAUUUAUCUUACAUCUGGGCUUUACAGCGAGCCCACUUUGCAGACACUAAAGCCUGAGAGAAAUCUGUUCACUUGAGCUGCAGGGAAGUUGUCAAUCACUGGUAAUUAAAAUAUGUCUAUGAUUGUUAUUUUGUCUUUUUAACCAACAGUGAAGCAGAAGUGAAAGACAGACAGUGGUAAAGCCUGAUUUAUAGCGUCUGCUUCACUUAGUUCCUGGAAGCAAACAAAGGACUGCAGAAAAGAGCCAAUGUGGGGAUGUGUUUGCUGUCAUCAAAUGGCUAUGAGUUCCAAUGACUUUUUCUGUAAUUGGGAGAAGGUGGAACUGUACCUCCUUGGACAAACUGCAAGGUGACAAAGGUAUCAGCCCUGCUGGGCUUCCUACAAAGGUGGAAGUGUAGUGUGAGUCUCUAAUCCUGCCCCUGGGUGCCCUGUGACACAAGGAGAGCAUCUGCUUCUACCCCAGUCUGGGCUUGUUGCAGAGAAGGAACUGUAGUAUAGGGCUCCAGUCCUGCUUCUUGGAUGAACUGUGAGAAAGUGAGGGCAUCUGCUUUCUUUCCUGAUUGGGACUUUUUCUCCAGGAAGAGGCCCAUGUUGGCUUUGUAUGCGAGGGCAAUGAAUCUGCUAAAGAUCCUCAGUCCCCAGCAACUCUCACACAUGUCGUGAACUCUCCUGAAAUACAAGACAAAAUACCAGAAAUUUUUAUUUCACAGGGCAACAGCUAAUGCCAUUAACUCUGUGUCAGAUCAGCAGGAAAAGGAAGUGAAUUUCUGAAUUUUUGAACAGUUUUUACUUGAAGUUACAACUCGAGAGGCAUCUGAAUCCCUGAGCCCGGUGUGACAUUGUGAAAGUGGAGCAGAGUGCUCAUUCUCCAGAUCUACCCUGGGGGACAGCAUUACAUCUGGUUUCUUAGUGGCACAAAUAGCUCUGCUUUCCUCAUUGCAUUUACAGAAAAAACAAGUUAUGGGUGAAUGAGCUGGAAUUUAUUCUGCCUAAUGCAAAAACAUUGCUGUUUGCUAAGUUACAUUGUCAACAACAGAGUCUAUACACAGAAGAGGCUGAAAAACUAAUUAAACCAAGAAGCCAUAUAGCUCAUUAAGAAAGUGAUGGGUGACUGGCUGUCUGAGCCAGCUGGACCUGGAACUGUCAGUGAACAGCUGCCGCUAUUUUUGAAGACACUUCUUAGAUUGUAACCUUCCAAUUUGACCAAAGCUUUGAAAGACAAUUACCAAGUUUUACUGGUUGUUCACGGCAUUUGCUCAGAACUUUGCCCCAACUUUGGCUUGACUCUGAAAAGCAGUGCCCUGCUUUAUGUGAUACCAAAAGAACACCAGACUAGUAUUGUCAAUGGUUUUGAAAUUUAAAAUAUCAGUACAGUGGAAUUAAAACUAGCAGUAACUUCACUUGUUCAUGCUGUGUAGCUUCCGCAUAAUUCACCAUGUAGUUCUCUACCAAUCUGCCAUUUCCCCUAAACUGCAAAACUUUCUAUGUCGCUGAGCUGAUGCUAUCACUUUUAUUUCUAUAGUAACUAUCUCGGUUUCAAUUAUUUGCAGCCUUUCAUUGAUAUUUCUUCUUGGGAAGCUGACAUGCCCAGGAUCGUGGCCUUAACUUGGCACCUGCUCUAGUGCACACUUCCUGAAAGACCCAAUGGGCUGCCCCCUGCUCAGAGUGCUGGAGGCUAUCAGAGUAAAGUUGCACAAAACACAAAUAACUAUCAGGAUAGGGCAUUAUCUUCAAGAAUGUCUAGGUUCCACUCAAGUCUGUGAGAUGUUCCCAAUUUAUUUGCAUGCCUUGGAAAACAUUAUAGAGAGAGUCUCAUUUCCAAGCUUGCUGCAAAAGGCUGGCUAUCACUUAUCCCAGCCCAGAGGAAUUUCAGUUUCUGCAGGAGGAAGAAUGGGUUACAGCUGAUAUCUUUAACCCAUGGCUCAGUGUUUCUCAGCAGUUAAACUACCACCAUACGUAAUCCCUAUAUCCCAGCAUGAGGGUGAGGCUUACAAAGCCUGUAAAAUUCUUGCCAUCUUUGGUAACUGCAAACGAUUAUAUAGGCUGUAUCUGCUUGUAGUAGAAACGCUCUUGAAGGGCUGCUGUCUGAGAAAUCGAGCCCUGUAUUUGAUGCCUUCUCCUCCAACCAAAAGGCAAAGUUGUGGCAAUAG